AUGUCUUGCCUUGGCGCGUCGCGGGCUCCCAUGGUGUUGCCGGCUGUGAAUGUGGCGACUUUGGAAGCAGAGGCUGGGCUUCAGGUGGCUGCCUCAGGCAUGUGCCGUGCCUUCGCAGCUCCCGGCGAGGAGGCACCGUAUGCGCAAGUCAUCCGAACUUUGGGCGAUGCCAGCAGCUGGCAGGAUGCUCUCGAGCUCCUUGCCGACAUGUGCGAGAUGGACCCGAGGGCGGCUCUCAACACCGCGACAUUCACGGCCGCCAUUCUCGCAUGCGGCAAGACAGCACAGUGGCUGCAGGUCAGUGUGUUGCUCGAGCAAGCCCGGAGGAAAGAAGUCAAGUCUGACUUGGGUAUGUGCCAAGCGGCGCUGGCGGCCUAUGCGGAGCGACUCGCUUGGGCGGAGGCUUUGCGGCUCUGGGAGGCGGAAGAGCCCCCCCGUGGCCUGCUUCCAACGGUCGCAGCGACAAAGGGACCACGCAACCACGCGGACCGUGCCAUGUUUCCCGGACUGUCGCGGCUCGCGCGACUCUCGAGGUUCUCCUCCAAAGACGGCGACGAUCCCGACAAAAAAGAUAGCUCAGCCACGUCGGUAGUCCUCUCGAAGCGUUUGUCAGAAGACUACGUUGAGAACACCCUGAUACCACAUCUGGAGAGCCAGCUGCUAGACAACAUUCACGUCUACACUCCCGCUGAGCUCGCACAGAUCGCGAAGAUAUAUGCCAAACAAGAGGUGCGACAGCGAGCCCUGUGUCAGAAGUUGUCUGACACCAUGAAGUUCCGCAUUAAGGGAUUUGAGGCCAUAGAUGUGGUCGACUGCCUGGGCCCAAUGUGGAUCAUGACGCCCGACGACGACGAGCUGUUUGAGAUGCUGGAACAGCGAAUUCUGGAGAAGAUGGAUGAUUUCACGGCUUUGAACUUUAUGGGAAUUGUCCGGAUCUACAACAAGCGAGCCUCCAAGCACCAUGAUUUGCUGUCGAAGGUGAUUCCUAGAUUGAAAGAGCUCCUUGCGACCUACGAAGGUGUGGAGCUCUCAGAGAUGUUGGUCUCCAUGGCACAGUCCGGCGAGGCGAGCGCAGAUAUGGAUAUUCUUAUGACGCUUGUGCCCGAGAUUGAGAGGCGCUACAAUGAUGUGUCCUUGCUCCAUUCCAUCAACAACGUGUGGGCGUUGACGCAGAUGAAGAUCAACCACCAGGGGCUCCUGAAGCGAGUUGCGGAGGACGUCUCUACCCCCCACAAGGUCAAGGAUUUAACCCCCGGCUACAUGGGCCGUUUGAUCUGGGUCUACCGACUCCAGGGCCCGGAGACCUGGGCCUUGGUGAAGGACUCCCUGCUGCCGCUGGUUCGCGGUGCAGCGGCCGAGUUCAAGGCCGGGGAGUUCGCACGCCUGGCGCAGGCGCUCCCCGAGGAGCAGCAGUUCCUCCGUCGGGUGGCCGGCAACCUGCAGCCCACGUUGGGGGACAUGGGCCGGCAGGACUUCCUCCUCUUCCUGCUUGGAUGUAUACACGGAGAAGUCCUCGAGGAUAGACCAGAUGCCGGGCAAGACUUUGGUGAACUCACUGCUUCCUGCCUGAACUACAUCAAGGAAGAUCAGGACAACUUCAAACGAGAUGAAGUUCAGAAGAUCGUAUAUCUUCUCCACUUCUCGCCAAAGUAUCACUAUCUCGUUGACGAGAUGCCCGUUUCGUGGAAUGCCACCAAGCAGGUUUUCAUUUCCUGCCCGCUGCGCCGGCUCAAGCUGGGCCAUGGCUUCGUGCUUCCACGGCUCUACUUCUACGUCAGGUCAAUGCACAAGGGCUACAGCUCCUGCGAUGGAGCAUCUUUACCAAUUGGCCAGGUUUUGGAUGAGCUGCCCUUGAGUUCUUUUCAUAUUGGCCACGUCCUCUGGACAGCUACCGCUGUGGCACUCUUCGCCAUCCACUGUGAGCUGACCCCGUACAUGUUUCCAGGCCUACAGAUACAUUUUGGUGCAGACAAGGAGGAGCUGUCCACCUACGCAGCUGCAUUUCAGGCAGGAUGUGCAUUCGGGGCACUGGUCGCACCAGUACUGGUCGACAAGCUGGGCCGAGAGCCUACUCUGGUUUUCGGCGCACUCGUGACGACGCUUCUGAACUAUAGUUCUGCAUUUGCAACUUCGUUCAAUAUGAUUCUUGUUCUGCGAACGCUGAGCUCCGCAAGCUGGGCGAUUGCUUACGCAGCUUUGGGCCCCUGGUAUGUUGAGUUCCUUCCAACGACCGCACGUGGGGCGAUGCUGGCUGCCAUCACGCUGGGGUGGCCUGCAGGACGAGCUGUGGUCAUCGUAAGCUCUGACUUCUUCAAUGACGAUUGGCAAAAGCUGCUGCUGCUAGCUGCUGUGGCGAUGGGAGUCCUAUUGUUGAGCACGACUCUGAUCCACGAGUCGCCUCGAUAUUUGGUAGCUACUGGCAGGAUCGAGGAGGCCAAAGCUGUGCUCUCCGAUAUCCAUCGCAGAAGUGGUGCGCACUGGUCGUCUGAUUGCCGGCUUUGCCUGGACCACACGUCCUUGACAGAUGAGAGGAGCUGGUACGAGCUUUUCUCAGCCGAGUACUUGGCAAAGAUGCGCUUCUCCCUGAUUCUAUUUUCCCUUCUUUCGAUGACGACUUGCCUGAUCGACACCUGGGGGCCAAUGCUGUUUCAGAAUCUCAUGUUUCCGGAGGACAAUGCUUUGCCUCGGAUGCUUUUGAUGAUCUUCAAUUUGGGAGACCUCUGCGGGCUGGUUGUCUCAAUCCUAGUGGUGGACUUUAUCGGCAGAAAGGGAAGCUUUUUCGUAGGCUUCGGCUUUCAGGGGACUCUGCUCCUGUGCUUGGCAGGAACUCAUUCCUUAAAGAGUGACGAUGCGUGUCUCUACUUGCAGUCGAUCUUGGGAGCGAUCUCUGCUUCUUGCCGUGGUUUUGCGUGGGAGGCAGCCGUCAUGUGGUCUCUGGAGGAAUUCCCCACAUCUCUUCGGGCAGCGGCGCUUUCUCUGUCAAGGGUUGUGAUGCACUCCUCUGCGGUCAUCACACUCAAGGUGUCGGCACAGUGCCUGUCCGCCUUGCCAGCUUUUAUGUGGUUGCAAAUACUGGGAUCCACAUGCCUUGCUGCUGGCGUAGUCGUGGCCGUUUGCAACCCGACGGAGAGCGCAGGUGCCAAGGACACAAGUUCGAGUGGAGCAGAUCUGCGAGCUCAGACCAGAGCAGAAGAAACGUCCAUGGAGAACUUGAUCGACUUUGCCAAUGGGCAGCCUUCGGCUGAAGAGCUGCCGAACGAAGUCGUGCGGCAGGCUUGUCAGGACCUCUUCACCGACGGUUCUGGAGCACCCAAGCGCCAACGGCUUGGGGCGCUUAGCGCUUCAAGUUACCCAAGCUCAGGUCCUUUGGAGUACGGCGAUUUCACCUGGGAAUUCCGACACGAGCUGUCGGAGUUCCUCGGGCGGCAAGACUCCUCUCGACGCCGAAGCCCUGAUCCUGGAAACCUCUUCCUAACCGCCGGGGUGUCACAAGCGCUUGACAUGCUGAGUACGAUGUGCGCCGGUCAUAGACAAGGGGACGUGGUCCUGGUUGAGAGCCCGACCUAUUUCCUGGCACCCGCCAUUUUUCGGGAUCAUGGGCUCGAAGUUGUUGGAGUGGACACUGACUCUGACGGAAUGGUGGUCCAGUCCUUGCUGGAUGAAUUGCAAAAGCUCCAGCUGAGGGGCCGAAGAGCUGCUAUGCUCUACACGAUCCCAGUUCAUCACAAUCCCACAGGACGCACCAUGCCAGCAGAGAGACGCGAAGCUGUUGUUGGUCUUGCCCGAGACCACGAGAUUCUUGUGAUCGCUGACGAGGUUUACACCCUCCUUACAUACGGUGCGUCCCCACCGGCCACGAUGGCCAGUCUUGGCGAGAAUGUACUAUCUCUGGGAAGUUUCUCAAAGAUCUUGGCGCCAGGGCUCCGGGUAGGUUGGAUCGAGGGCUCUCCGGAGCAGCUGAAACGAUUGAGCAAAUGGGGUGUCAUAGACAGCGGUGGCCACCUGAGCCACUUCGCCUCCUGCGUUGUUGCCGCCGCCAUGAAGUCCCGAGCGUUGGAUUCACAUCUGGAGCAGCUUCGAAAGAACUUCCAGGAACGUUGUUGGUCCUUGGUGGGAAGCUUAAAGUCUAUGCUGCCGGAAGACUGCACCGUGACCAACCCUCAUGGUGGCUACUUCGUGUGGGUCAAGCUUCCGCAGCAUGUGGAUGCUCGUGAGAUUGCAUCAAGAUCUGAAGAGUUUGGUUUUCUUGCCAAGCCCGGCCACCUGUUCACCUUGGACGCAUGCAGUGAAGACAGCUUCUUACGCCUGUGCUUUGCGAGGCUGCAGCCUGCACAGCUUGCUGAAGGAGCGAGGCGUUUAGCUGCUGCGAUCCAGCACACCAUUGAUCGUCAGCGUGAAGUUCCGGAAAAGUCCGUCACGUGCGCGAUCGCAGUCGAGAUCUGUGCGAAAGCAUGCCAAGCGGAGAUGGCCUCGCAGCUUGUCCCACAGCGGCUUGAAGACGCCGAGUUAGGCCGCAGCCUCGUGACAGCUUUCGCUGAAGCGCGUACAUGGGAGAUGGCGUUGGACGUUCUCCUAUGCAUGAAAGGAGAGGGGCUCGAACCGACCGCAGACACCUUCGCAGAUGUUAUGUCAGCCUGCGAUGCAGGUUCAGAUGCAGAAAUCGUGAUGCUCCAAGGCCAUUUUCAGCAGAUUUUCGUGCGGCCUCGUUCGAUGGGGGUGCACGCUGGAUGGGCGCCUCAGAAGGCGUGGCACAGUACCAUCAGGUUGGCAGAUGAAGCGCACGGGCGCUGGUCCAAAGCCGUGACCAGACUUUGCCAGGGCUUCUUGCCGACAGUGGCCUUACUGCAUGGCAUGGGGGUCAUCGACUUGGAUUCGUUUGUGGCUUCAUGCUGGAAGGAAAUGUACUCGUGGCCAGCCAUUCAUUGGGCGAUGAUUGAAGCACUCGUCGCGGCAUUUGCCUUUGUUGCGUGGAUUUCGCUGUUUUUCAUUCUGAACGAGAUUCCUUUUGUGAAGCCCUUCCGGAUGGUAGUUCGGACAGAGUCGCACCCUCUUAACUCUCACUGCAUGACAUCCAGAACUUUCAGCAGAGUCUAUGCUUCCUUUCCUGUGUAUGUCGGAGGUGUGUGGUUGCUUCACUCGGUCAGGGCUGCACCCAAAGUCCAGGAGGAUCCCCCCACAGCCUUCCGGCUUUUCACCGAGCUCUUGCUUGGCAUUCUGGCCUACGACUUCAUAUUCUACUGGAUUCACCUGUCGAUGCACAAGUUCCCGAACUCAUGGCAUAAGCACGAGACCCAUCAUGAGCUGAAAGUGCAUCCGGUUUGUGGAACUAGCUUCUUGGGGGUGGAGCUUGUGGUCAACCAAUCUAUGGAAGAUGCCCUCCUUCAGGUGAUGACGAACAUCUUAGUUCAGAACUUGCCACUUUUUGGCCUGCCGAAGCACAAAUUGAGCCGUCUCCUUCACAACAUGCUCGUAACAUACCUUCUUUCAGAAGCACAUUCUGGCUUGGAUCUGCCUUGGUCCAUGCACAGGAUUCUCCCGAACAUCUACGGCGGGGCAUACCGGCAUGAGUUUCAUCACCAGAGGAGAGACUGCUGCUUCCAUCAGUUCUUCUGCUACUUGGAUGACUUCUUUGGCUAUGGAAGCAGGGUGGGAUGGACGGACGUGGAGUCCAAGGCAGACCUCGAGCGGCGCCCGGCCCAGGCGCAGGUCAUGGCCCUCCUGUGGCGAGCACGCCAUUGGGGUGUGGAGACGAAUGCGAGGCUCUACCGGACUGCUAUAGAUGCGUGUUCGUCGCGGCUAUGGGCACUUGCUGUGAGCCUUCUCGUCGAAAUGGAGGCAGACGGCUUCAACCCGUUACCCGCUGACCUGGACACCGCAAUUCAGGUCCUUGCUGGUGCUCAGGAAGAGGCGCAAAGGGGCAGAACGCGGCAGGAGAAGCGAGAGAUUUCCAUCCGGAAUGUGCUGAGGGCCAGAACUUCCCAACCCACACAGGAGCCUCGCACUCCGAAGUGGGACUUUCCGCCAGUUGUCGUCGAGUCGAUGCCGGCAACGCCGAAGAGGGCUCCCGGCCGCCCCAGCCGCGAGCAGACAGAGGUCGAGCUGGAGGACGUAUUAGCAGAGGAACGUGUCCGAAGCAACUUACCCUGGAGUGGUGGAGGCCCUUGGAGACAGUGGGAGAUGGCUGUCAGCCUUCUGGAGAAGAUCCAGAUUUCGAGUUUCAGUCCAGAGAUUGCCGCUUUGAAUGCAGUCAUUACGGCCUGUGCUCGGGCGCAAGAGCUGGCGCAGUGCAAACUCGUGCUGGACACGAUGAAGGGCGAAUCAGUGCAGCCGGACGCAGUCACCUGCGCCCAGCUCAUAGGUGGAUGCUGCCAAAGAGGCCUCUGGGAGCAGGCGCUGCUCAUCCUUGGCCGCGCUCGAGAUCUAUCCGUGGCCAGCAUGUCCACCUGUGAGGAGGGCCUGAAGGCCUGUUUCCGAGGACGACAGCCGCGGCUCGCCCUUCUUCUCUUGGCCGAGAUGGAUCGUAUGCCGACAGGUGUCUCGACUCCAGCGAUCAACACCGCGAUUGCCACCUGCGCUCGCUUCGGUCUGUGGACGCAGGCGAUUGCUCUGCUGAGCGAGCUGCAGUCGCGGCUGAUGACGCCAAGCUUUGCUACAUAUGCUGCAGCUGCUGCUGCCUGCGAUGCUGCACCGUCUCUCGCAUGGGAGCAGGCCCUCCUAUUGCUGGAGGAGUCGCAACGGCUUGGAUUGGCAAGCGGCGAGACCUAUGCAAGUGCCAUCGCGUGCUGCGGGCAGCGCUGGCAGCUCAUUGUUUCAGCUCUGGUUGACAUGACUUCCGCGAGGGUGCUGCCAGCUCCCCGAACGUACUCCGAUGUCCUGCGCAGCUUCAGCGAGCUGCGCCUUGCCGGAGUCGCCGUCGAGCUUCUUGAGGACCCCCUGAGGAAAGAGUUGCCUCCUGGCUGA